UUUUCUACCAUGAAGCAGUAUAGACAUGCUGCACUAGAGACCACCACAAACCAAUCAGGGAUCACCGGACAGCAGCAGACACAGCAUGCCUUCAAGCCUCCAGAUUUAACUGAUAAAAUACAGUCUGACCUCCACUUGUUCACCACAUCCAAUGAAGACAGAAGAGAUGGAGAGAAAUUCAAUUUUAUUGUUGCAGCUAUACCAGAUGUCACCUUUCCUGGAUCCCGCAUUGGUCUGUAUCAAAAUGGUCGUCUUAUCGGCCGUAAUUUCAAGCUUGGAUCAAAGCCAAAUCCAGCCGAAGUAACAGAGAUUAAACAGAACAGCUUCACUCUCAAAUUUCCUCAGUCAAAGGUCACGAGRCCUGUGAAGUACAGAAUAGAGUAUACCGCACAAAGUGAUGUUCAAUGGACUGUUAGAUAUUUACCAUCUGAUCCUGGAUCUGUGGGACRGGGUCCUGACCACUGUAACACUUGUAAGUUGCCUGGUUUGAAACCUGACACUAAAUACCAGGUUAGAUACAGUGCUGUGGACAGCUCUAGUAUGAGUGACUUCAGCAUGGUCACCAUGGUAAAGACAAACCCGAGGUCCACACCCGGACAGCCCUGUGUGAAACUGGUGGACGGAGAAAAUGUCAGAGUCACAUGGCGGAUAGCGGAAGAGGAAGAUGGCGGUCCCGUGCUACGUUAUGCCGUGGAGUUCAGAGAGGCYGGGCUUGAAGGCUGGUCCAGUGUGUCAACAACGGGGCCUGAACYUACAUGCAUUAUAUCUCAGACCUCCGGUACUUGCUACCGAGUCAGAGUCUCUGCAGUCUAUGGAGAGGGGGACACAAGUAAACCCAGCACAGAAACAGACGUCCCUGUAAAUGUCUGGUCCAUAGACCUCUCACAAAGGAAAGCCUCCUUCCUCCGAGAUGUUCUGAAAGUCCAACCGGAGAAGAAACCAGUAGAGCUGAAGGGCUGGUCAGAUGACGAGAGUGAAGUGAGGAGUUUCCUUCAGUGUCUGCCCUACAUCUCACAGCUGAGGUUUGUGAACAACAACAACAAUGCAGGCGUUAUCCAGUUUGUGCUCAAUCUGAGUGUCGCAGCAGCAGACCAUGAUGCAGGGACAGGAUGGAGUUGGUCGAAGUUCCUCUCUCUGGUAUGGAGCUACAGCUCCUUCCCAUUCAAUGAAGAUGUCCAUCCUUCAGAGCAAUGUGUCUUCCUUCUGGAUCUUUACUCGUGUGCAAUGGCCUCUGGGACUAAAAAGGGCAGGAGUCUCAUUCCAUUACUUCGGCCAGUUUACCAGUCAGCUCCAGCAGUCUGGUAUGUGAAUCUUGCUAGAAGAAAGGCCUCCGUCUUCCUCGAAGUUCUGAAACUCCAACCAGUGAAAAGGCCAAUGCAGGUGAAAUGCUGGUCAGAUGAAGAGAGUGAAGUGAAGAGUUUCCUUCAGUGUCUGCCUUACGUCUCACAGCUGAGUUUCAACGACAACAAUCUUGUACACUUCCUACAUAAAAAUAGAGAGCAGGCCCAGCAUUUUGCCGCUCUCUUCCAAGCUCAUGGCUUUACCCUGUCAUUGGGAGGAGAGUUACCCAGGCAAACCUGCACUUCUGUGGGGAGAAUCUUGGCCCUCUGUACCUCAGGGGUGAAACUCGGUCUCACACCCAGCAAGAUUUCUCUCAGAGGAGCUUCGAUUCUCUUCAGACAUCCGUUGAUGCUACACAACCUCAUACUAAAUGAGAUCAUGACCGUGAAACUGACCAGACUGCUUGCGACUGGUAGGGUCAGUGCUCCAAUGGGGAUUAAGGAGCUUUCGCUGGUUUUUGAGAACUCACAGCUAUUGGAGGAUGUGCUUUCUAGGGUCCUGAGUAGUGUGGCGUCCCUGCUGAGACUCUGGACUGCGCAGUGUCUGGACCUGACGGAGUGCACUAUCCACGGUCACUCUCUCAUCCUGCUGCUGGGUCACCAGGGCCCUCUGAAACUCAAACUUUGUCCAGACACUCUGCAGCAGCUGGCUGUAGUUGUGCAUGAKGCUCAGGACAAGGACCUGACUCAUUCAUUCUUAAAGAAAGUUGGUGGAGACCUGACCUCUUGCAGGCUGGACUGGGAAGUGCUUCUUUCUCUGCUGCAGCAUUCAACCCACAACAUCACUGUGAAUCUCAGAGAGAACAGGCUUUCAGAGAGAAACAUCAAAGAUCUUCGUCCCUUUCUGGGCAGGAUUAUUUUKAAGAGUGUUGAGAGGAAUCUGCUGCUGCUGUUCCUCCACUGCUACMCUGCCUCAAAGUUCCAGCCAGGGGCAACAGCCCUGCUUGGGGCUCUGCAGCACAGGCUGGACUUCUCCUCCUCUGUGGGCCUGUCAACAAAGGACCAGGGGAAGCCUCUGUGUCUGAGCUCUGCUGACUGCAAGGUCCUCGCCAGAGUCCUGAAGCAGAGCCGUUGCGCCACAGAGCUGAUCCUACGCGAUUGUGAGAUUUCAGACAGAGCACUCAGGAAGCUGCUGCUGAAAAUCCCACGCAGAGURAAUCUCAGCCCCAGUAAAGCCAUAUUGGUUCAACUUGUACAAACUUGUAACAAGAAUAAUGCAGUGCAUCAUGCAGGACCCCUGGUCAGAGCCCUGGGUGGGGAGAUGGACCUCAGUGAGACCAAGCUGGAUCAGAAGGCCUGUAGAUCUCUGGCCCUGGUUCUCGAGCAUUCAAAGGGGUUGUCAGAACUGGACCUCAGCCGCUGCCAACUCACAGACCACCACCUACAGCCUCUGCUCACACACCUGCACAAAGUCCAAGUCCUGGAGUGAGUGUUUUAAAGAUCA